AUGUUGAAACAGGGAUUACCCCCUUCAUCUUCAUCGCUGUUCCUGUUCCUGUUCCUUUCUUUCUCCUACGCAAUAGCUUUCACUCCACCUCAUAUCCUGCUCAAUCACUUGUCUCAAGGCAAAUACCUCACCAAUCAGGAACUAUGGUUCAAUCAGACUCUCGAUCACUUCUCUCCCUAUGAUCAUCGUCAAUUCAGGCAACGUUACUAUGAAUUUCUAGACUAUUUCCGGAUUCCGGAUGGACCCAUUUUUCUGGUGAUAGGAGGUGAAGGAACAUGCAAUGGGAUAUCAAAUAACUAUAUUGCUGUACUGGCAAAGAAGUUUGGAGCAGCUGUGGUUUCUCUUGAACAUCGCUAUUAUGGAGCAAGCACCCCAUUUGAUACUUUAUCAACGGAAAAUUUGAAGUAUCUUUCGUCCAAACAGGCACUCUUUGAUUUGGCUGUUUUUCGGCAGUAUUAUCAGGAUUCUUUAAAUGCAAAGCUGAAUCGAAGAGGAGUUGAAAAUCCAUGGUUCAUUUUCGGUGGCUCAUAUGCUGGAGCACUCAGUGCAUGGUUCCGUCUUAAGUUUCCCCAUUUAACAUGCGGAAGUCUUGCAAGUUCUGCAGUUGUUCAUGCUAUUCAAGACUUUACAGAAUUUGAUCAACAGAUCGGCGAGUCAGCUGGUGCUGAGUGUAAAGCAGCAUUACAAGAAACUACUCAACUCAUCGAAACGAAACUCGCAACCAAUGGAAAGGCACUGAGGGCAGUUUUUAAUGCAGAUGAUCUUGAAGUUGAUGGAGACUUCUUGUAUUAUCUGGCCGAUGCUGCUGUUAUAGCGUUUCAAUAUGGAAAUCCAGAUAAGUUAUGCAACCCUUUGGUUGAUGCAAAGAAGGCUGGCGAGGAUUUGGUGGAUGCUUAUGCCAAAUAUGUCAAAGAGUACUACGUUGGAACCUUCGGCGUCAAUGUACAAAUUUAUGACCAGAAAUAUUUGAAAAGAACUGCAAUCAAUAAAGACAGUUCUUCUCGAUUAUGGUGGUUUCAAGUUUGCACUGAAGUUGCAUACUUUCAGGUAGCUCCUUCAAAUGAUAGCAUACGUUCCUCAAAAGUUGACACAAAAUACCAUUUGGACCUUUGCAAAAAUGUAUUUGGACAUGGCGUCUUUCCCGAUGUUGAUGCCACUAAUUUAUACUAUGGAGGCACAAAAAUUGCUGGUUCAAAAAUAAUAUUUACAAAUGGCUCACAGGAUCCAUGGCGUCAUGCUUCCAAGCAAACUUCAUCAGCUGAUAUGCCUUCUUACCUUAUCACGUGUAAUAACUGUGGCCAUUGCACUGAUUUGAGUGGGUGUCCUCAAUCUCCUUCGAACAUUGAAGGUAAUGAGAAGAAUUGCAGUUCCCCUGAUGCAGUUCAUAAAGUAAGGCAAAAGGUUCAAGAAGAUAUGGACUUAUGGUUAUCUGAAUGCAUCGACACAGGAAGGAGUUUUAUAUGA